GCAGCAGCAGCGGGGUAGGUAGAGGUCAAGCUCGACAACGGCAAGUACACAUAUGUUCAAGAAUCCAUUCAAGCUUCUCCUUUCUCGCGGGCAUCGAGAUCUUCAUAUCAAAAAUGUCACAAUCAGGAAAAGCAUUCCGAGAACUCACCGGGCAGAAGCCUUCGACCGCGACGACCAGCGAUUCCACCUUGAUCAUCGUCGAUGCGCAGAACGAAUAUGCCGAGGGAGCAUUAAAGGUCACGAAUGCUGCGGAGACGAGAGAGGCGACUGCGGGAUUGUUGGAAAGGUAUCGUGCAGCAAAGGGAAGAGUCGUGCACGUCACACAUUCAGUCCCCGAAGGCACGCCGGUCUUUACGCCGGGGACGAGGCUUGCGGAAGAGUUUGAUGAGUUGAAGCCGAAGGAUGGCGAGAAGGUUGUACAGAAGAUUCAUCCGUCUGCUUUUGCGGAUACGGUCCUUCAUGACUACCUGAGAGGCAGUGGUGGGCAGAAGAUUGUGCUUGCUGGAUACAUGGCACACGUCUGCGUAUCGACAACAGCCCGCGACGGUGCGAGACUUGGAUACGAUGUGCUGAUCGCCGAGGACUGUGUUGGCGACCGUGAUAUUCCAGGAGCCAGUGGAGCUGAGGUGACGAAGAUGGUCAUGCACGAGCUUGCAGAUUUCUUUGCGACUGUGGUGAAGAGCACUGAUAUCAAGUAAAUUGAACGUGAUUCAGAGCACAAUUCUGAUCUCAUACGAAUUCCAGAUGUUGGAGACGAAACUCUAGCUCCACUAUAUCAUCAUAGCGAUCUCAAAAAGCCCAGCACGCAUUG